CAGCAGCAGCCAGUACGAGAAGAACAGGGUUCAGGCAGGCGAGACACAGCAACAUUCAUAUUUAGCAGCAACAACAACAACAACAACAACAAGAAUCGAGAACAAGAUUUGAGGAAAACGAUCGUCCCGCUGCGAGAUGAAGAUGAAACACGUCACAGCUCCAUGGACGCGCGCGACUGUGAUUCAGAGGAUGUGGCCUCACUUCUCUGGAUCUCUGAUGAACGAUGCGUGAACAUCUCUCCUCCUCCUCCUCCUCAGACUGAAGCUGAGCGCCAGGUGCGUCAGCACCGCCGCCCUUUCAGGAGGAUGAACGGCUCUCUAUUGACCCCGCCCAGCCCACGGGUGGCAAACUCCUCCCCGUUACCCCCUUCGCCCUCGCCCUCCCCAUCUCCGUCUCCGCCAUCUCCCUCUUUGCUGCCGCUGUCCCCCCGGCCACCGCCCCUCCCUCCUCUGGUCAGCCCCCCCUCGCAGGCCCACCCCUCGUCCCUCUCGGACACGCCCACCCCCUCCCCCUCCCCCUGCCUUAGCUGGACCGAAUUCUGUGAGCUCCACGCCCGCGUUGCCGCCGGCGACUUUGCUCGUCAUUUCCGGGCUUUUCUCCAGGAGAACCCGCACUACUCCCCCGACUCAGCCGCCGCCUUCUGCCGCCGCUUUACCGACCGAUUUGUUCGUCACUUCCAGAGUGAACUGGAGGGGGCGCUCUUGCCGAGCUGUGCCUCUGGGAGGGAGGAAAUGGCGAGCUGGGCUCCCCAGUCAGAUGCAACUUCACUGGAAGAGGAAGCAGUCUCCCCCCUGUCAGCGAGCGGGGGUGCUGUCCUCCCCUGUCCCCCGAGUAACGUGAUGCGGACUUUAUGUAAGCCUGCACCGACACGGCUGGUGUUGGAGAACCGCGGCAGUGACAGGUUUCAAGAUUCCUACGCCCACGGGCAAGUACUGCCCCCGUCGUCCUCGUCAUCAUGCUGCUCCUCAGUGGGAGGGAACAACGGGAGGCGUGAAGAGAGAGGGCCGGUGCUUGCCCCCGGCAACGGGGAAGCGCCGGUUGAGGAAGAGGAGGACAGCUGGCUUGGUGCAUCGUCUGUCGGGGAGGACGUUGACACAGAAGAGCGGGAAACCGAGUCUGCAGAGGUGGACAGCGCUGACCCCUCUCACGCCGCUCAGAUCCCGCCCUCCUCUUCCUCCGUCACACCUCCGCCGGACUCCAAAGACAGCAGCACGCCCUCCUCCUCCUCCAAAAACAAACUGAAGAAGCGCUUUUCACUGCGGAGUGUGGGUCGCAGUGUUCGGGGGAGCGUGCGGGGAAUCCUGCACUGGCGAAGCUCCUCCAGUGACUCCGCCCAGAGCCAGCUGCCCUCCAGCUACAGCUACACCAUGGGCGUACAAGACGCCAGUCUGGUCUCAGCCUCCAAGAGGAACUCUGGUACGCAGCCUCCCACACCCACCUCCUCAAUGCCCGUCUCCCUGUCCAUGCCCCUGUCCCUCCCCCACUCCUCCUCCUCCUCUCUGCCCCCCUCUUCUUCAAGCAGCGCCACCUCUCUCUCACUGUCCGAGGCCGCACGCGAUCGACGGCGGAGCAACGGCGAAGGCGGCGAGAAGGAGAAGUGGAGCCAUCGUCUGGAGAAGCUCAGACUGACGAGAUCCCCUCCCCCUCUCCUCACCCCCACCUCCGCUGGUGCUCACUCCACUGCCUCCACGCUGCCCCCAAGCAGUGCCGCUGCCGCCGCCACCGCCAUGGGACCUCCGAGGAAGGUGGGCCGACUGGUGCGGGAGGGAGGGGUGAGCGUGAGCUCGUCCAACGACGAGUUAAGCGGGAGCCACGGCUUCUCCGGCUUCUCGUUCGGUCUGCUGCAUCACAGCACGGACAACAACAACGCUGCCUCGACUUCGUCUGCGGCGGCUCAGACGGGUUCAGCGCCACCUCUGGCCAGUGGAGGGAACGUUCCCUGGAGAGGAGGCCGCUGGCAUAAAUGUCGCCUGGUCCUCAGAGAGAGAGACAGAGAGGGCGGCGAGCGGGGAGAGGAGUACUACCUGGAAUUCUUCAUCCCGCCCAAAUCAUCAAAGCCGCGGCUCACUGUCCCGUGCUGCUCCAUCGUGGACGUGAGGAGCACCACGGCGUUGGAGGUUCCAGACAAGGAGAACACCUUCCUGCUGCAGCUGGAAACGUCGGCGCAGUAUGUGAUCGAGACACGCGACGCUGUUCAGAUGAGAGCCUGGCUCAGCGACAUCAGGAACGGCAUCUGUCUCAGUGAGCAGGACGAUGCUGAAGGUGUGUGUGUGGGGCCACUGGACAUCAGUGGAACACCUGAGAUGGUCGACCGUCUUUCACAAGUGUGUUACGGAGGAAUCGCGGGGUCCUCACCUCUGACCGAUCCUCUUCCACCGGAGCUGCCACCUCGAGCCCCACUGGACGAACCAGACGGCCGGAUCCUUGGGGGGGGCGGAGCCAGUCUCGGCACACCUUUUGCCGAGACGCCAGACGCCACAGGGUCCUUCUUGUUCUCCGAGGUCACGUCUGUGGAGGUGGUGGAGCACCCUCUCAGUGAGUGUCAGUGGUUUCAUGGCACUCUGUCCCGCCUCAAAGCCGCUCAGCUGGUGUUGGCCGGAGGUCCCGCGAGUCAUGGCGUCUUUCUCGUCCGCCAGAGUGAGACACGGCGCGGAGAAUAUGUCCUGACCUUCAACUUCCAGGGCAAGGCCAAGCACCUCCGUCUCUCUCUCAAUGAGGACGGCCAGUGUCGGGUCCAGCACCUCUGGUUCCAGUCCAUCUUUGACAUGUUGGAGCACUUCCGGGUGCAUCCAAUCCCCCUGGAGUCCGGCGGUGCCUCUGACGUCACACUCGUCAGCUUUGUGGGUGCCAACGCCGUUCGCCAGCCAGGCCGGGACAGGGCAGGCAGUCGGCCUACAGUCUGUGAUGUCAUCACCACGCGCCAUCCUGACUCUCCAUCUACACCCAUCUCUGACUGUGUACUUGAGCAGCAGACCCCGUAGCCCUCCUCAGCCUCCUCCGUUGCCACCGGGCCGGCCGCCACCUCCAACACCACCACUGGAGAGAGGGAGUGAAGUGGAGCUGGCAGGAGGAGGAGGUGGAGGAGGAGGGGGAGG